UCAAGGAGGCGGCAAGAAGAAAGUCUGCUAUUACUACGAUGGUGAUAUUGGAAACUACUAUUAUGGACAGGGACAUCUCAUGAAACCUCAUAGGUUCCGCAUGACUCAUAACUUGCCGUUAAAUUAUGGCUUAUACAGAAAAAUGGAAAUAUAUAGGCCCCACAAAGCCACAGUUGAAGAAAAGACAAAAUACCACAGUGAUGAGUACGUCAAGUUUCUACGGUCCAUAAGACCAGACAACAUGUCGGAGUAUAGUAAGCAGAUGCAGAGAUUUAAUGUUGGAGAAGAUUGCCCCGUGUUUGAUGGACUCUUUGAGUUUUGUCAGGUCUCAACUGGUGGCUGUGAAGUUACACAGAGUGAUAUGGCUGUUAACUGGGCUGCAGGAUUACAUCAUGACAAAAAGUCAGAAGCAUCAGGAUUCUGUUAUGUUAAUGACAUUGUGCUUGCCAUACUUGAAUUGCUAAAAUAUCAUCAGAGGGUCUUAUAUAUUGAUACAGAUAUUGAUCAUGGGGACGGUGUGGAAGAAGCCUUUUAUACUACAGACUGUGUAAUGACAGUGUCCUUCCAUAAAUACGGAGAGUAUUUUCCUGGUACUGGAGACUUGAGGGACAUUGGUGCUGGAAAAGGCAAAUACUAUGCUGUCAAUUUUCCAAUGAGAAAUGGCAUAGAUGAUGAGUCUUACGGCCAGAUAUUUAAACCUAUCAUCUCAAAAGUAAUGGAGAUAUAUCAACCUAGUGCUAUAGUAUUGCAAUGUGGGGCCAACUCAUUAUCUGGCGACAGACUAAGAUGCUUGAACUUAACAGUCAAAGGUCAUGCUAGAUAUGUAGAAGUUGUUAAAACUUUUAACCUGCCAUUACUGAUGCUUGGGGGAGGAGAAUACACCAUCCAUAAUGUGGCUCGCUGUUGGACGUAUGAGACUGCGGUUGCUCUGGACUGUGAAAUCCCCAGCAAGUUGCCAUAUAAUGAUUACUUUGAGUAUUUUGGGCCAGACUUUAAGCUGCAUAAUAGCCCUUCCAACAUGACUAACCAGAAUACUCCGGAGUAUAUGGAAAAGAUAAAACAGCGUUUAUUUGAGAAUCUGCGCAUGUUACCUCACGCGCCUGGUGUCCAGAUGCAGGCUAUUCUAGAGAAUGCUAUCCAUGAAGACAGCGGCGAAGAAGACGGAGAAGAUCCAGAUAAGAGAAUUUCUAUCCGAGCGUCAGACAAGCGGAUAGCUUGUGAUGAAGAAUUCUCCGAUUCUGAGGAUGAAGGGGAAGGAGGUCGUAGAAAUGUAGCCGAUCAUAAGAAAGGAGCGAAAAAAGCUAGAAUAGAGGAAGACAAAAAAGAGACGGAGGACAAGAAAGCAGAUGUUAAGGAGGAAGAUAAAGCAAAGGGCAGCAGUGUUGAAAAACAGAUACCAAAGGGUAAAUAAUACUCCUUAAAGUAGUUUAUUAUUAUUAUUUAAAAAUCCAUUUUCUUGGAGUGUGCGUCUUUAUUGGUAUCUGUACUAAGAAGAUCUGAACUGAACCUGAUAACAGUUGUGUGAGAUCCUCCAAAUACCUCCUGUAUUAGUGUGUGAGACCCGUGCUGUGUUGACCGUUGAUUUAUGCUUUUUGUUUACUGCUUGUCUGUUAAUUAAGUAGCUUUCAUUAAAAACGAGAAUUACUUGUGUAACUAAACAGAAAUCAGUUUGAAACUUUCACUUUUGCAUGUGCACUCAUGGUUUUCAUGAUGCUUUUAUUUCUGUAUUUAAUCUUUAAGUGUUAUGCAAUAGGUAAACAAACAUUGAACUAAUGAAUUCUGAGUAAAAAUAGAAUUCAGGAUUUUACUGUAAGAAAGCUUGUACAUAUGUGGUCACACAUAAUUUCUGCGGACUUUGCAGGACAGCUUGAGAUAGAUUAUAAACUACUGAAGAGAUUAUAGCAGUAGUGAAUCUCAAAAUAACUAAAGUUUUGUUAAUGAGUGCGUUUCAUGGUAAAUCUACAGGACUGAAUCAGUAUUACUGGGCAGUGCAUUCAAACCAAGAUUGUGCCAUUUUUAAUAUUCACCUUGCCUCUUAACAGAGCCAAGUCAGAACAGCUCAACAACCCUUGAAUUUGAAAGUCUCAUUUACUUCAAGAAACCAUUUAAAAAGUGAGAAAAUAUUUGGAGGAAAAUUGUUUUCUUUUUGAGGACCUCUGGCUCCGUUUUA